UAGACUAAUUAGAAAGAUUUUUUUUUAGUCCAAGAGCAUCGGAAACCACAGAGUGUUGGCUCAUCCAAGAGAUGGAGAUACUGACCAAGAUGGGCGAGGAAGGGAUGGAGUUGGAGGGAUCAGCCACCACAGCAGCGGUUGUAAACACCAGCCUAGAUGGUGCUUCAAACAUCACCAACAUUACCUUUUACCCCUACUAUCAGCACUCUCUGUAUGUGGCUGCCAGCUACAUCCUGGCCUACUUCUUCAUCUUCCUGCUGUGUAUGGUGGGGAACAUCCUGGUUUGCCUGAUCGUACUGGCAAACCGUCGUAUGCGCACAGUCACCAACCUCUUCAUCCUUAACCUGGCUAUAAGUGACCUACUGGUGGGCAUCUUCUGCAUCCCUACAACCCUGGUGGACCUCCUCAUCACAGGUUGGCCCUUUUCCAACAUAGUGUGCAAGAUGAGCGGCUUGGUGCAGGGAAUGUCUGUUUCUGCAUCAGUCUUCACCCUGGUGGCCAUAGCUGUUGAAAGGUUUCGCUGUAUAGUGUACCCUCUACAACCCAAGCCGACUGUACUUGUUGCCAAGGCAGCCAUCAUAUUAAUCUGGGUGCUAGCAGUGGUGAUCAUGUGUCCUGCUGCUGUGGCAUUGACUGUGGAGGAAGUUCCUUUCCACUACAUGGUGUACAAUGAUGACUUCAACCACACAUUCCCCCUGUACACCUGCUACGAAGACUUUGCCAACCCUCAGAUGAGAAAGGUUUACACUGCGGUUCUGUUUGCUCUUAUCUACCUGGUGCCGCUCACUGUCAUCACACUGAUGUACGGAAGUAUCGGAGGCAAACUGUGUUCUUCUGUGGUUGUAAACAUAGAGCCAAAGAGUAUAGUUGGGGGUAGAAGGGCUGGUCAGCCAAUGAUUUCCCAGAAAAAGAUCAAGGUGAUAAAGAUGCUCAUCCUGGUGACUUUGCUUUUCAUGCUGUCCUGGUUGCCACUGUGGACCCUGAUGAUGAUGGCUGACUACGCAGGCUUUGACAGGGACCAGCUGGACCUUCUGACCAGCUACGUCUUUCCCUUUGCCCACUGGCUAGCUUUCUCCAACUCCAGCGUCAACCCCAUCAUCUACGGCUACUACAAUGAGAACUUUAGGAGGGGCUUCCAGGCUGUGUGCAAGUCCAGGCCCUUCUGUUGCCUCAUUCAGUGCCAGCUGUGGAGGAGGGCCAAGUGGGGCAGGAAAGACAGGUCCACGCAAGCACGUUGUGGAGGUGCUGACAUCAGAGAUGCCGCUAACAAUCACAACCAUCUUGUCUUGGGGCUGAGAAAUCGAGUCCAUAACGACAACAAUUUGCAUGAAAUGGCACAGGUGAAAAGGAGUGGAAAGGUGGGGUGUGUGGUGGUCCACCCAGCGAGAAGUCUCUCAGAUCGAGCGUUAGAAAUGCCAGCAGUACAUAAGAAAGACAGUAAUGUCGAGGAGUCAGAGAGGGAUCGUUCGCUGGCACCUUCAGUGCAUCAGGCGUGGGAUAACUGAGUGUUCACAAUGUUACCCAGAAAUGAUCCAAACAAAGGCAUAGUCUGUUGCAUUAUGGUCCCAAGAAAGAAACCAUUAUCACUAUCUGAUGUUGCAUGUGUAAUGUGGUUACUGUAAAUUAUGGUUACUAGGGAUCAGUGUUGGGGUAACGCAGUAAUGUAACGCAUUACUUUUGAUAACUCAGUAAUCACAUUACAGUUACCAAUCAAAAAAUGAUCGCGUGAUUUGCCUUACUGGUUCUUCAACUAUCUGCAUAACUGGAGGAGAGAAAAACAAAUCAAACAUCCCUUUUCGUGCGUGUUUGCUUAAAGCGUAAUUCUUGCCAAAAUGCAACCUAGGGUUGUUUCGCGAA